AUGAAGGCUCGAUACAACCCGGAGCUGAACCCAGAUCUGUACCAAGGCGACAUUCUGCUCACGGACGAGCAGAAAAGAGCUCUCGAGGAGCGCAAAGUCAUGGCCGACAGCACCUACUGGUGGCCGAAGGCUGCGGAUGGCUACGUCAAUGUCAACUAUCGCUUCGCUGCGCCCUCCAUUGCCCAGACUAUGGUGCGGCAAGCAAUCAGCGAGUGGGAGACAAAUACGUGCAUCAGGUUCCAUGAAAUUGCAAGUGCGGAUGGCAACCCGCAUCUCAUCUUCCAAAACGACAACUCGGGCUGCAACAGCUAUGUCGGCAGAAUGUAUUUUUGGAACGGGCAGCCUGUGAACCUUGCAUCCGGAUGUUUGACUUUGCUUGGCAUUCCCGUCCAUGAAAUCGGCCACGCCAUGGGAUUCCAACAUGAGCAAAGCCGCUCCGACCGAGACAACUACGUUAUCGUGAUGUCAGGCAACAUCCUGACUAGCAUGGCUCAUAAUUUCGACAUGGAAUUGACGAACAACUUCGGCGUCCCAUAUGACUACUCUUCCGUCAUGCACUAUGAUCCAUAUGCAUUUACAAGUAAUGGAAAUGAGACCCUAAUUGCCAAAAAUCUGUACGGGCAACUUUUUAUGGGUCAGCGCAACGGCUUAUCAUUCAUGGACAAGAGGAUUGCCAACCUUCAAUACAAUUGCACAGCUGUGUACCUGACAAAGUGCGGUGCCACAACGGAUCCCUGCCAAAACUACGGAUACUAUGGACCCAAUUGCAAGUGUGAAUGCCCGCCUGGGACCUCAGGGACUAAUUGUGAGACACUCAAUCAACCAUACCUCGAUGCCCUGGUCACGACCACACGUAAUCACAGUCAAACUAUCACAACUGAGGGAGUGGUCACAUCACUAGGCUAUCCUGCGUCCAUCGCAAGCGUGGACGAGUACCUACAAAUCAUCACCGCACCGACGUGCAAGAAAGUUCGACUGACGUUCACUGCCUUUUCACUGCUUCCUCGCACCAUCGCCUCCGAUAACUCCUGCUACUUCCAGCAGUUGAUCAUCCGUAGGAGUGACAUCCUCUCAAACCGGUACUGUGGCACUGAAAUCAUCCCUGGCCAAGUGUUCGAGAGCGUGGGCAACACGAUGGUUUUGCACUUCAUCUCUCGUCUCACUUAUUCGAGCCCGGGCUACUCGGCCACCAUCACCUUCGUACAGGACCAGACUUCGCCCAACUGCACAAGUAUUACUUCUGUGCCUACAUCCUCAACCACCGCCAAAACCACUACCAAAACAACGACCAAAACCACUACCACCAAAAAACCGACAACCACCACCACCAAAAAACCGACAACCACCACCACCAAAAAACCGACAACCACCACUACCAAAAAACCGACAACCACCACUACCAAAAAACCGACAACCACCACUACCAAAAAACCAACAACCACCACUACCAAAAAACCGACAACCACCAAGCCUGCCCUAGUUGCCGCUGACCGCCAAAAAUUCUACGGCAACAGGUACAGCGAAAAUUCCUCGAGUGUGUAUUCGAUCCGACCGAUUGAGAAGAAGUCUAAAGUUCGAAGGGUGUUGGUUCAGAAUCUUGCGUUCGAUCUUUCUUCAAUGAAGCUCAAAAACGAGCAGAGUUCGUCAGAGUGA